AUUUUCUUAUUGUUGUUGCAGGGAAAUGUGAUUUUAUGUGGGCUUAGAAAUGGGGCCAUUGUCACUGCAGAUUUUCGUGAGAAAAGAGAAAGUCUUUCUGAUAGACUUAUUAGCCAUCGGAUACCAUAUAGUUCAAGCAUUGGAGGGUGUAAAAAGGAAUGGUUGAAGCUCAAAGGAGACAUAUUUCCUUCCCACACAAUUAGGAUGCCUUCAUCUAUAUCUUCUUUGGUGUCACUUCAGUUUGAUGAGCAGUACUUUCUAGCUAGCGCAAUGGACGGAUCGAUUAGGCUAUAUGAUCAUCGUCUACUUCAGAGGGGUGCUGUUCAAAGUUAUGAAGGGCAUGUGAAUUCUCAUACUCGUAUACAACUUGGUGUCGACCCAACUGAGAGAUUUGUUACGUCAGGUGGAGAGGAUUGCAAACUACGGUUAUGGAGUCUCAAGUCUGGUGAAUUGAUUUUUGAGGAGAAGUUCUCUGAUUCAAUUAUCUCAACUAUGUGCUAUAAAACAUACAGUAGUUGUAAAGCAGAAGAGGGAAACCAAUACAAGCUUGACUCCUCUCAGGGUGCAUGGCUUGGAUCACAUGAAGGACUGUUUUAUAUGCGCUGGUGAUGAGUGUGAAUGGUUCUGCAUCUGCAGGUACAGAACCUCAAGCUGUUGCUGAGCUACCCUAUGCUCACGUGACCGAAAACACGUGAUCAAAAGGUUUUAGUCUAUGGAAAAUGGAAAAUAGGUUAUUGCUGAGAAGAUCUGAUAUUGGGUUUAGAAUUUAGUGUUUAAGAUAACCGAUAGCUCGUACAUAUGUGCUUACAUGGAAAAAAUUCCUGUUAAAGGCUCUUUGGGAAUUAAAGCUGAUACUAGCAGGAGCAAUCACAUAGCAGAGAUGGCCAAUGCUUUGUAGAACACACUAGGAAAGAUAGGCCAAAAAGAAAAAGAAAAGCAUUGUGCUGCUAAUGGCUUUUUAGCACCAAAAGUUUCUAGUUGACGUUGUGCCUCUACUUUGAGAACCAUCAUAUGCAGGCCAGCCUUAGUAGAGUUAGUGGCCAACAUGGUUUUGUUAAUUAGUGGUUAAAAACUUUCAAUAUUUAUUUUGCUUUUAGAAAUUGAAAUCAAAUGGCUUCAAUAAAUUCUGCAAACUUUAUUGAAAUAGAAUAUAAUAACGAUGUUAUUUGUUUUUAA